AUGUCCACAGUCGCGGAGGGUAAUUCUGCGCCUUCAAGGAAGCGAACAAAAUGGGACGAGGAAGAUCACGAGAAUGAAGCGAUACGUCGGCGUCAGCAAGCCCUCAGUCGUCAACUCCGAUCAUUGCGAAAACCUCGAAUGACGGAUGUCACGUCUGUGCCAAAGGGCACGUCGUUAUCUCGUAGUCCUAUUCGCGACGCGUACAGCAUUUUUGUCCCUCCAAGAGCACAUCAUCCACCUAUCCAACCCUCACGAUCGGUAUACUGUUAUGAGAGGCUCAACCAAAUUGAAGAAGGUUCAUACGGUGUAGUAUUCCGUGCAAGGGACAAGGAAACUGGCGAUAUAGUUGCUUUGAAGAAAUUAAAGCUGGAGGAGGAGAAACAUGGGUUCCCCAUUACAGCGUUGCGAGAAAUCAACGCUCUAAUGUCGUGCCGCCACGAAAACGUAGUGCACAUACGAGAAGUCGUUGUUGGCGAUACCUUAACUCAGGUUUUCGUUGUGAUGGAUUUCAUCGAACAUGAUCUCAAGACACUGUUAACGCUGAUGCCAGCCCCAUUUUUGCAAUCAGAAAUUAAAACCUUGAUGUUGCAACUCUUAUCCGCCGUUGCUCAUUGUCAUGCAAACUGGAUACUUCACCGAGACCUGAAGACUAGCAAUUUAUUGAUGAACAAUCGGGGCACCAUCAAGGUAGCAGAUUUUGGCUUGGCCCGACGCUAUGGCGAUCCCAUCGGGGUCGGAGGUCUCACACAACUUGUUGUAACUUUGUGGUACCGUGCGCCAGAAAUCCUUCUUGGAGCAACAAAUUACUCCACCGCAGUAGACAUGUGGUCCGUUGGAUGCAUCUUCGCAGAGUUGCUCCUGAAGGAGCCAUUGUUCCAAGCCAAGGGAGAGAUUGAGCUCCUUUCGAUGAUUUUUAAGCUACUCGGACCUCCUACAACAUUGGGAUUAGACCUUUUGACGUCUCUAUUGACAUAUGAUCCGCAACAACGCAUCAGUGCGGAGGAAGCACUUCACCAUCCGUACUUUAGUGAAUCACCCCUCCCCAAACAUCCGGAUCUGUUCGCCUCAUUUCCCUCAGCUGCUGCCGGAGAAAAACGAAAGAAACCGUUUGAUAGCCCCUCAGCACCUCUUAGGGCGGCAGAUAGGAUAUUUGCAGAAACUGAGCUGCCGUGA